AAAUUUGGGUCUGGGUCUGGGUAGGAUAAGAAUGGCAUGGAUUUGUAAAUAUGUCUGAGUCUAUAGGUUUUUUGGUUAUUUCCUCUUGUUUUUGAAUUAAAUUUAAAUGCAAAAUGUAAAAAAAAAAAGAGGAGGUCCGUAUCAGAUUAUUAUGAACCCUUUUGGUCCAUACUAGAAUUUGAUUCACCUCUGAGAAAGACACUAGAAAAAGGAAACUUUCACUUUGGUCGAAUGAAGAUUAGCUUUAAGCUUGUAUCGUGAGUACUAUAUAGAGAUUAUUUCAACGGUCAUUGUAUCCUUUAAUUUUGCAAUUGGAUGAUCAAGAUAUGAUGAGGAUGAUUAAGAGCAUCAAUAACGCGGUCUUCUAAGGCCGUCUCUUAGUGUUAAUGUCAUUAAAAAAAAAGAAAAUUAGGUUAAAUGCAAAGAAACGUUUCUUAUUUAGGGACUACAAGAGACGUAUUCUGAGACAGGUGUUGCCCUCUGGACUUUCAUCUCUUUGAGAAGAAAGAGAGAAUUGAAGCGAUCACAUCCAUGGCGGAAGAGAAGCCGGAGCUUCAGGCUGAUUAACGAGACCGGCUAGCACCUUUUCACCGAUUAAGUUCCCUCGAUCUCUCGAGCUACGAUCGGUCUGAUUUGAUCCGUCAUUGUUGAAUCAAUGGGUAAUUGUUGCGGAUCGGCGGGAUCGUUAGCCAAGAACGAUAGCAAUAAGCCUACAAAAGGAAGGAAGAAGCAAAACCCUUUCUCCAUCGACUACGGUCUCCACCACGGCAAUAACGGAGGAGGAAAGAUAAAAUCUCUCAAGCUUAUCGUGCUAACGGAUCCAACAGGACGCAAGAUCUCGCAGAAAUACAAGCUGUAGAUAUAGAGGAUGUUAGGAGAGAAGUCGAGAUCAUGAGGCAUAUGCCUGAGCAUCCCAACGUUGUUACUUUGAAGGAGACUUAUGAGGAUGAGCAUGCUGUGCAUUUGGUUAUGGAGCUUUGUGAAGGUGUUGAGUUGUUUGAUAGGAUUGUGGCGAGAGGGCAUUACACUGAGAGAGCUGCUGCUGUUGUCACUAAGACCAUCAUGGCAGUUGUUCAGAUGAUUGAUAAACAGCUUGAAGUGAAGAAGGAAGUAGUAGUUGAUGUGAAGCAAUAUUCAGGUGUUGAGCUAAUUAUCAAGUCUGGUUUUGGUUCUACUCUGCCUUCAAAAGAUGAUUUGAUUAGAACAUAUGAAAAAUUUGGACCUGUUUUCGAUUGUUCUUAAUGCUAUGCUACACUAGGAUUAGGCCACUUAAUCUCUAUGCUGCAGUCAGAAAAUGGAAAUUGUGGGUUCAUGCCAUGUAUAUACAGAGUUUGGGUGAUGUCCGCAUUUGAUGAUUCUGAUUUGAUUUGUGUUUUAAUUGAUAAAGACAGUUGCUUGCU